AUGGCUUCAUCAACUUUACGACCUCAUCGAUCCCCCUCACCCUCCCCUACGCCCUCACCAACUAUAAACCCUUCCAACCCCGCUAAAUUAACUCGUCAAUCCCUCGGUCCACCAUCUACCACCCAAGGCGCACAAUCGAAAGGAUUCUCAGGUUUGGGUAUCGCCUCGCCCACUGCGGCCUCUCAUCCUAGACACGUAUCGUCCGCUGCUCUCAUUGGAGGCGCAGGAAGGGAGAACUCGCUCUCCCCUAGACCUAGUUUAGGUAGUAGCGGAGGGAAUGGUCAUCUCCAACAACCCCGAGCUGUCUCUUCUGGUCCCGGGUCUGCACUUGGGAUGUUAUCUGGAGGAGGAGGAGGUAGACCAAGUAGUGAAUAUAUACCUAGUAGAGACAAUGCCAAGACGCCGGAGGCCGAACAGAUCGAUCAAUGGUUUAAACAUCUCGCCAGCUGGGAAGCGACUCUGGAAGAGAUGGCUGCGGCAAGUACGGACCAGAACUUUACCGAAGAACUCGGUGCUAUCGAGCAGUGGUUCCGAGUACUUUCCGAAGCUGAGCGAACUGCCGCUUUAUAUUCCCUUCUUCAACACUCCACGCCCGUUCAGAUCCGUUUCUUCCUCUCAGUGCUCCACCAUAUGGCUCAGUCCGAUCCUAUGACCGCUUUACUGUCCCCUGCACCUUCAGGACCCGGCUUGCAAGCUCAGAUGGAACAAAGGCUCAGCGCCAUGAACCUCAAAUCCCCUUCUGCCGGUGGUGGAAGUGGAUUCACCGGAUCUCCCAAUGCGAAUCAGUAUCUCGCUCCUGAUGAUGCUGCAGCUCAAAAAGCCAAAGCCAAGCAGAACCGAAUUUCUGCUCCCGGUACACUGCAACCUCUCGAUCGAUGGCAAAGUGGACUUGAUCAAGUGAUCGAAAGAGGAUCCUCACCUGGAUUAGAGUCCAAUGGAUCCAGCAGAAGUCGAUCUCCUGUACCUUACGCUCGACCCAAAUCGACUGAUUUCUCGGGUCAAGCCAACCAACCUAGGAGGGAAUCAUCUGGAUUCCAAAGAUCACCUAGACUUUCCGCUGGAGGAGUCGGACUGGGUAUCGGUCAACCUGAGGGAUUACCUCAUGGUCAAUCACCAGUCACUUCUCCUUUCCUCAAUAAUGGAAGUUGGGCAAGUAUGGUCAACACACCUAUGGUUCCUGGAUUCAUCGAUCCGAAGGUUGACAAUCUCACUCAAGCCUUGAACAUGGCGAAUCUAGGACUAGGUGGUAAUCCAAAUAGAAUUCCCUUGGAAGACGCAAGGAAGUUUAGGAGACCCAACGCAGGUGGAAAUACAUCUAGGAACGUUUCUGGGGCAUAUAAUGAUGAUGGAGAGAUGAUCAAUCCAAGAUCGAAUCAACCGGGUGGAAAUGGUGGAUUCAGCAAUGCCACUUCACCAUUAUUAGGUGGAUUCGCCAGAUCCCCAGUCUUAGAUCAGUUCAACGCCUUGAGCGGUUUAGGUCUGGGAGGUGCCGAUCCCAACGCGUUAGCGGGAUUAGGAAUGAAUUUCGCCAAUCUCGGUGCGGGGGGUUUGAACGCUGCUCAAAUGAUGGCAAUGCAACAAUUGCAAACUGCUGCGUCGUUCGCUCAAGGUGGAUAUGGAGGUGGAUCGCCCAAUUUGGGUCAUGGCUUGAACCAACAUCAACAUCAACGAGGUAAUAACCACAAGAAUGGACCUCAAGGUAGAAGAUCGCCGAUGUUGGGUAAUAACUCGAAUAAGAACUCGCCUGCCCCUGGUGGAGCGGCCGGAGGAGGUGGAGGUGCGGGUGGUGGAGCAGGUGUGGCUGGACCGGAUGAUGUGGAUUUGAAGAUCUUGGAAGAUACCGCAGGAUGGUUGAGGGUUCUCAGACUGCAUAAAUAUACACCCAACUUUGAGAAAUCCUCAUGGAAGGAGAUGGUAGAGAUGAACGAUCAGGAUUUGCAGGACAAAGGGAUUUCCGCUCAGGGGGCUAGGACCAAGUUUCUCAAAGUAUUCUACAACGUUAGAACCAAGAUGGAUCUCCCCCAUCCUGAAGGACAAGAGGAAUACGCUCCAGGAGCCAAAGAUAAAGAGAAAUAA